AUGUAUGUUUUUUUCUAUGGAAACGAAACGAACGAACACAAUAUAGCGUUUAAUAGAACAGCUUCUGUGGUAGCAUACGAUGUCUUUCCUGUAAUACCUUCGUGGUUUUUCUUCCACCUCAUCCCAGUGUUGGCCAGCCUUAUGUGUCUCAUCGGACUACUAGGAAAUGGAGUCGUUAUAUUUAUCAUGCUCAAGUACCCUAAAAUGACUAGCGUACCAAACACAUACAUUUUGAAUUUGGCUGCAGCAGACUUCCUGUUUUUCCUUGGCGUUCCUUUUCUCACCUACUUCAACACGGCGAGACGAUGGACUUUCGGCAAUUUUAUGUGCAAGCUAGUUAUGGGCAUCGAUGGCAUGAACAUGUUCACGGGGAUAUUCACCUUAGCUGCCAUGGCUGUUGACCGAUAUUUCGCUAUUGUUCGUGCUACCUUCUCUACGAAAUUCCGCAGUGUGUUUGUGGCACGAUUUAUAUGCGCUGUACUGUGGCUGCUAGCCGUUUUGGUCACAUUGCCCUUAUGGACUUACGCAUCUAUCGAAAAGUACGACAAUAUCACGGUCUGUAGCAUUACAUGUUCACAGCGAGUAGAGCAUAUUUUUGUAAUAUAUUCAUUUUUAACCGGCUUUGUUAUUCCUUUAGCUGUUAUUAUUGUUUGUUAUUUGUCGAUUUUGUGCUUUUUAGCCAGGCAAUCCAGAAAAUUUCGCAGACAAGUGUCACAUUUCGGUCGAGUUUCUGCAAUGGUGUUAACGACUGUCGUAUUUUUCUUUGUUUGCUGGCUACCGUUCUGGGUUACACGAGUUAUAGUGUUCGUUUCCCCCAGCACACAUACUUUAGCAUUACAGGUAGUCUACUAUCUUACUCCAGUUAUGAGUUACAUAAACAGUUGCUUCAAUCCUGUCAUCUACACGUGGUUUAAAGACGAUUUUCGUGACCAUCUGAAACGAUGUAUGUGUACCAGUUCGCAUAAAUACAAGACAAAGACACGGAGUAAAAUAAAGGAUUCAUCCAUAAGUAUGCGUCAAGUACAAGUUCAGAAUCCUUCGAGAAAAAAGUUUUUGUACACACAGACAACGAGCAAUUUCACUAUUAAUUCUGAUACAACGUGA